GCAAACAUUGAUAGAAGCACCAGCAGCAGCAGCAGCAACAGUAGUGAAGCCUUCAAGGCGAGGAAGGAAAGAAAAAUCUGUCGAGACAUAAUUUAGACAAAUCGUAGUUGACUGCUGGUUUCAGUUGAUAUAAUUCAUUUUCCUCGUUUGAUGUUAUUCACACAAUCAAUUGGGUGAUCGCUUUUUUGCACGCAUUCUAGCGAAAUCAGACUGUCAAAUUGGUUUAAAAAGAGCAGCUGGUUUGAAGGAUUUCGUUUCGAUUUUUUGUGAGGCACGGAUUUUUCCUUUUAUUUUGAAAUGGCUGAAAUAAAGGCUAUGGAACACCCGACGUUAAAGGUGCCGUACGAAAUUCUCAACAAAAAGUUCCGUAUUGCGCAGAAGACGCUGGACCGAGAACUCAGCCAAAUUCAGAAUGCAGCCUCGGAGCUGGAGAAAGGUUUAUCCGAGGGAUCGGCCGGAUCGGAGAUCUCGCGGCUCCUGGGCGGUGUCGUGGAACGUCUGCAAGUAUUGAAACGCAAAGCCGAAGAAAGUAUUUCGGAGGAACUUUCCGCGGGGCUCGUUUGCAAGCGGCGGUUGGAACAUCUCAAGCAGAACGCUAACCCUCCAACGGACCCAGCGACGCUGGAACUGCAGGCCGCGACCACGAACCAGUGGAAGAAAAUUCGCAUCGAUCGUAUGAUUGUUGAACAUUUUCUCCGUUUGGGCUACUAUGACACCGCGGAAAGGUUAGCCAUUCGCAGCGGUAUUCGAGAUCUAACUAAUUUGGACAUAUUUCAAGUUACCCGCGAGGUCGAGCGUGACUUAGCCGAUCGAAGCACUGCAAAGUGCAUAGUUUGGUGUAACGAUAACAAAUCGAAACUGAAAAAGAUCAAUUCUAACAUCGAGUUUCAGCUUCGUGUACAGGAAUUUGUCGAAUUAAUCCGGGAGGACAAGCGUUUGAUGGCUGUGAAGCACGCACAGAAAUAUUUCCCCUCCUUCGAACACGAACAGUUGAAGGAAAUUCGCCAAUGUAUGGCGCUACUAGCGUUCCCUGUUAACACUGAGAUAGAACCAUACAAAACCCUAUUCGACCCGCAACGCUGGAAUGAUUUGGUGCUGCAUUUUCGCUUGGAGAACUACCGGUUAUUCCAACUGCCAUCGCAAUCGGUACUGAGUGUAACAGUUCAAGCGGGCAUUUCGGCCCUUAAGACUCCACAGUGUUAUUCGACCACAUCGAAGAACUCGAAAUGUCCCGUCUGCCAGAAAAACGUCAACGAGAUUGCAGAGAACCUGCCAUUCUCACAUUGUGCUCAGAGCAGAUUAAUUUGCAGAAUUUCUGGUAAGCCACUGAAUGAGCACAAUCUACCAAUGAUGCUUCCUAAUGGACAAAUAUUCGGACAGCAAGCAAUAGAGCAGAUGCGGCGCGAGAAUGACAUUCUUGUGUGUCCAAAAACGAACGAAACCUUCCAUUCACCAAAGAUCGAGAAAGUUUUCGUCAUGUAGUAGAGUUGUUAUUCCACUCUACGUCCUAUAGCGAUAUUAAUAUCUGUAUAUGAAACAAAAUCUAAAUCAGUUCUUGUUUAUCGCGGUCGGUUUGUCUUUCAUUUUUACUUAUAUUUUUUAUUAUUAAGGAAUCCAUAAGGAGGGAAAACACUCCUGAAAAUAAUUUUACUCUGAAUUCUAACCAUUUUGAUUGAAGUGAUAAACGAAGUAAUAAACGCGAGAACAUUUUGAAUUUUA